UAGGGGGCGGGGCCGUCCGUGAUUUGGCCCCCGAGGCUGGACGCGAGGCCUCCCGUCGAAUCCAGGCCCGGGCUGCCACAGGGGAUAACCAGAAGAAAUGGAUUUUAACGUCUGGAAUAUCAAAGAGAUGCUCAGUAUCCCUUCAGUUUCUGGGAAUACUAGAGCACCUGCUUGGAACAAUAAUCAGCCUGAUUAUUCUAGUCUCAGCGACUCACAGUUCCUCUUCGGAUCUCAGUUCUGUCCAGAAAAUGCAGAGACUCUGGCAGCACCUUUGGACAUCGGCACACACCUGAGACAGCACAAGCAGACGCAGCAGGCUCCUCUGGAUAAUGAACCUAGUAUUUUUGCAAAGUACCAGGCAAAACCCCUCUUGUUUGGAAGUGAGACAAAGGAUGGAAGUUUAUUUCCUCUUCCUCUGCUGGCUAGAAAAUCAAAAGGCAUCUUGGAACAGUUUGAGGAGAAAAAGAAAAUGGCAAAAGAUAAAUAUUGCAAUGAGACUCUCUGCAGCUUUGUUUCCCAUGUCAGAGAAAGCAUCCACAGGUUGCAGACAUCUGUGGAGAAGUCUGAAGAGCAUCUCAGUGCAAGGAGCCAGACUAUCCUGGAUUCUCUGGAGACUGUGGUCAAGACAGUGCAAGAGACCGCACGGACCCAGAGUGACCUGUUAGUUGAGGCAGUUCGGGAAAAAGCCAUCCUGGAGAUGCAGAGGACGUUUGAGGUGAAACAAGCCGAGUUCACAGAGGUCAAGUCCGACUUGAAGCACCUUGAGGUCUUGGUGGCACAGCAGAGUAAGGACUUCCAGCAGCUGUGUGAACAGCUCGGCCAGUUGGAUGUGCCAGGUGUGCUGGUGGAGCUGCGGAGGUGGCUCACGGAGCCUCGCCGGCCUGGGCUCCUGCGGGACAGCGCGUCUCAGACGUCACCGCUCCUGGCCCGGGGCCUCAGCUUCCCCGGGCAAGAGAAUGGGGCUUCGCAGGGAGCUGGCCCUCGGCAGGCUCAGGCCCUCCCCGAGUCAGCAAACCCCAGCACGGCCUCCGUGCCGCCUGGGCAGUUUGAUUUCGGGGGCCGGGGAGCGAAGAUCAGUGUUCUCCUUGAAGAGGCUGCACUGCCCGAAGCUCAGCCCCACCAGAGAAAGGGGUGGGCGGAGGAUGAGACAGUGCAGAUCACCCACCAGGAUCAAGAUGCUCCUCCGAGAGGGUCCAAGAACUCUGGCUCCCACAUCCCAGGCCACAGGGACCAGGUUGGCCAGGGCGCGUCACAGCUCACAUCCCAGGACGCAGACACGCUGGCAACCGCCGUUAGUAGGAAUGUCCCUCCAAGAUGCCAGGGGGAAAGCCGGCUUUCCAGAGAGCCGCGCGACCAGCUAGGGCUUGAACAGAGAAGCGCGGCUCCCCAAACGGUGGCGGAAGGCCGCCAGCCCCAGCCCCGCGAAGUCUACAGAGGCAGGCUCCCAGUCCGGCAGUGGGAACCGGCCCCGGGCCGGAUCCAGGCUUCCCGAGCUCAGCCUCCAGCCGCUGUCCCCCAGCGGCGCCCCCUGGAGCAGCGGGAGGCUGUGGGCAGCCAGGGCGGACCGGGCUCACCUGCUCAGAGCGGCAGGUUGGUGCGCAGGAGCGCGCCCAGGCCCGCCCGCGCCCGCCGCCUGCCGCGCCGCAGGUCCCCCGUUCGGGACAGCUCCCUGGAGGACCGGCAGAUGCGGUGGUUCAACGAGCUGGGCAUCCGAUGCUCCGCAGGCCCCGCGCGCCAGGAGCCCGGGAAGCCGUUCCUCUUUGACCCGAGUUUUGAUAGCAGCGACGAGGAUUGCUUCUGA